AUGCCUGAACCAUCUCAGAUAGCGAUGCCCGAACCAUCUCAGACAGCGAUGCCUGAACCAUCUCAGAUAGCGAUGCCUGAACCCUCUCAGACAGCGAUGACCGAACCAUCUCAGAUAGUGAUGCCUGAACCAUCUCAGAUAGUGAUGCCUGAACCAUCUCAGAUAGUGAUGCCUGAACAAUCCCAGAUAGCGAUGUCUGAACCGUCUCAGAUAGCGAUGCCUGAACCAUCUCAGACAGCCAUGCCCGAACCAUCUCAGAUAGCGAUGCCUGAACCAUCUGAGAUAGCGAUGCCUGAACAAUCUCAGCUAGUCAUGCCUGAACAAUCCCAGAUAGCGAUGCCUGAACAAUCUCAGAUAGCGAUGCCUGAACCAUCCCAGAUACUGAUGCCUGAACCAUCUCAGGCAGCGAUGCCCGAACCAUCUCAGAUAGCGAUGCGUGAACAAUCUCAGAUAGCGAUGCCCGAACCAUCUCAGACAGCUAUGCCUGAACAAUCCCAGAUAGCGAUGCCUGAACAAUCUCAGAUAGCGAUGCCUGAACCAUCCCAGAUAGUGAUGCCUGAACCAUCUCAGGCAGCGAUGCCCGAACCAUCUGAGAUAGCGAUGCCUGAACAAUCUCAGAUAGCGAUGCCCGAACCAUCUCAGACAGCGAUGCCUGAACCAUCUCAGAUAGCGAUGCCUGAACCCUCUCAGACAGCGAUGACCGAACCAUCUCAGAUAGUGAUGCCUGAACCAUCUCAGAUAGUGAUGCCUGUACCAUCUCAGAUAGUGAUGCCUGAACAAUUCCAGAUAGCGAUGUCUGAACCGUCUCAGACAGCGAUGCCUGAACCAUCUCAGACAGCCAUGCCCGAAACAUCUCAGAUAGCGAUGCCCGAACCAUCUCAGAUAGUGAUGCCUGAACUAUCUCAGAUAGUGAUGCCUGAACAAUCCCAGAUAGCAAUGCCUGAACAAUCUCAGAUAGCGAUGCCUGAACCAUCUCAGACAGCGAUGCCUGAACCAUCUCAGAUAGCAAUGCCUGAACCAUCUCAGAUAGUGAUGCCUGAACAAUCCCAGAUAGCGAUGCCUGAACAAUCUCAGAUAGCGAUGCCUGAACAAUCUCAAAUAGUGAUGCCUGAACCAUCUCAGAUAGCGAUGCCCGAACCAUCUCAGAUAGCGAUGCCUGAACAAUCUCAGAUAGCGAUGCCUGAACAAUCUCAGAUAGUGAUGCCUGAACAAUCUCAGAUAGUGAUGCCUGAACAAUCCCAGAUAGCAAUGCCUGAACAAUCUCAGAUAGCGAUGCCUGAACCAUCUCAGAUAGCGAUGCCUGAACCAUCUGAGAUAGCGAUGCCUGAACCAUCUUAG